AUGCAAGCCUACUUGGCCACAUCAUCCCUACCAAUGCAGCAGGCCUGCAGCGUCGGCGCGGCCUAUUCGGAUUCUGAGAUCACCUGUAUUUGCGAGGCGUUAUUUUCGGAAUGUCUGCAGACCGGAAACACCGAUUCAUUGGAAAAUUUCCUCUACCAACUCGACCAGCGGUGGUUCUAUCUGGAAUGUGUGCUGAAAUGCCAGGCUCUUCUCCUCUUUUAUCGACAACAAUGGAAAAACCUAUACAAGCUGCUCGAGUCACACAAAUUCGCUCCGGGAAAUCAUGCGGUUCUUCAAGAUCUCUGGCUACGCGCUCAUUAUACGGAGGCUGAAAAGACGAAGGAGCGCGAGCUGGGCGCCGUUUGCAAGUACCGGAUCCGGAAGAAGAAUCCUUUCCCGCAGACGAUUUGGGAUGGCGAGGAGACGAAUUAUUGUUUUAAGGCAAAAUCCCGAACCGUCCUCCGAGACGCCUAUAAAAAAUGCCAAUACCCGUCCGUGGAUGAUAAGAAGAAGCUCGCCCAACAGACCGAACUUACCGUCACCCAAGUGAGCAACUGGUUCAAGAACAAGCGACAGCGAGACCGAGCUGCCGGCAAUUUGGAUAGAAACGGCAAAAUCGAUUCCGACGACGCCUCCUCCGGCUGUGACUCGAAACCCCCGGCCACAUCUUCUGAAGGGAACACAUCUUUCUCACCGGAUGUCACGGCUUCUCAAAUGGCCCAAAUGAACAUGACCCAAAUGGCCACCAUGACGCAUAUGGGAAUGCAUCCCAAUCUCUACCCAUCACCAUACGCCACCUAUUUCCAACCAUCACUCUCCCUCCAGCCCACCGGCUAUGAUCUGCUACCACAAAACUUCUCGCUGCAAAACUUG